AUGGCGGGGGCCCCGAGGGCCACCAAAGAGCCACUAGACCCCGUAAGUCAGAACAAGAUCUUCUGUGAAACGGUCCAGAAAGAACUGCGAUGCCAGCGUCUGCAUACGGAGUACGGGGUGAAUCCUCUCCUAAAGGUUCACACCAUAACCAGAAAGCCAAUGUCCUGGCAUGAUAACUUGGAGGAGCCCGCUGACGCUAAGUUCCUGAAACUCAUUCAUCAUGCUGCACUUGAACCAACCAAGAAAUAUAAAGAACCACAGACGGAAAGCCAGGAAAUUGGCUGGUUCUCCACACCUUUGAUCAAUACUGACCGGAGUGACAGGAGACUGAACUUCCCAAGUCAGAGCACUGAAAUCACCAAAUAUAUGGCUGCCAUGUGGCGGCUGAAGGAGAUGGUGAAGGAUAAAAGAUAAAAUGGACAUAACACCACCAGAGUUUGACAGACCCCAACCACUAGUUUAGGGUUUCUGAUCUGGACCCUCUCAAUCAUUUCUCAUUAUAGGCAAGGAAGAUUUCUGCUUAAACACUUCCGUGCUUGCAAUAAACCUGUCUCAGAACGUUGC